UCCACACGGCUUUCCACACACGGAAUGCGAGAUGCCGCCGCCUUGGAGCUGCACGCCGCCGCGGCGGCGCGGCCGCCGGCGACGGCUGCCGCCGCGAGCGAACACUACGCGCGGCUGCUGCAGCUCUGCCAGACGGUGGCUAACCCGGGCGCUGGCCGUGCCGUCCACGGGCGCGCCGUCAAGGCUGGCCUCCUCGCGAGCGCGUACCUCUGCAACAACCUGCUCUCCUACUACGCCGAGGCCGCCGGCGGGUUGCGGGAUGCGCGCCGCCUGUUCGAAGAGAUCCCGGCGGCGCGGCGGAAUGUGUUCACGUGGAACUCGCUCCUGUCGAUGCUCGCCAAGUCUGGGCGCCUGGCCGACGCCCGCGGCGUGUUCGCCGAAAUGCCCGAGAGGGAUGCCGUCUCCUGGACCGUCAUGGUCGUCGGGCUCAACCGCGCCGGCCGCUUCGGGGAGGCUGUCAAGACCCUCCUGGACAUGACUGCCGAUGGGUUUACGCCAACGCAGUUCACACUAACCAAUGUGCUCUCGGCGUGUGCUGUGACACGGGCUGGCGCAGUUGGGAGGAAAGUUCAUUCCUUCGUCGUCAAGCUCGGGCUCGGCAGCUGCGUGCCGGUGGCGAACUCGGUGCUCAACAUGUAUGGCAAGUGUGGGGAUGCCGAGACGGCGAGCACUGUGUUUGAAAUGAUGCGGGUGCGAAGCGUGUCAAGCUGGAACGCCAUGGUGUCUCUGAACACUCAUCUGGGGAGGAUGGGCCUUGCCAAAUCCUUGUUCGAGAGCAUGCCAGACCGGAGCAUCGUCUCAUGGAAUGCCAUGAUUGCAGGGUACAACCAGAAUGGGGCUGAUGCCAAGGCACUGGAGUUUUUCUCACGAAUGCUUCAUGAGUCCUCCAUGGCACCAGAUGAAUUCACCAUCACCAGUGUGCUAUCAGCUUGUGCGAACCUUGGCAUGGUAAGGAUCGGAAAGCAGAUGCAUGCCUAUAUCCUAAGAACUGUAAUGGCAUACAAUAGUCAGGUCACAAAUGCUCUCAUCUCGACAUACGCCAAAUCUGGCAGUGUUAAGAAUGCCAGGAGGAUUAUGGAUCAGGCAGUGGCAGCUGAUCUGAAUGUGAUAUCCUUCACUGCCCUUCUGGAAGGCUAUGUCAAGAUUGGGGACAUAGAGAGUGCAAAGGAAAUUUUCGAUGUUAUGAAUAACCGAGAUGUUAUUGCCUGGACUGCAAUGAUUGUAGGUUAUGAGCAGAAUGGCCGCAACGAUGAGGCCAUAGAUCUCUUCAGGUUAAUGAUCAGAAGCGGCCCAGAACCGAACAGCUAUACGUUGGCCGCUGUUCUUAGUGUCUGUGCAAGCCUGGCAUGCCUUGAUUAUGGGAAGCAGAUCCACUGCAAGGCUAUAAGAUCAUUGCUAGAGCAAUCUAGUUCAGUCAGCAAUGCCAUCAUUACCAUGUACGCAAGGUCAGGCAGCUUCCAAUGGGCCAGGAGGAUGUUUGAUCAGGUUUGCUGGCGCAAGGAGACCAUCACAUGGACAUCCAUGAUCGCAGCUCUAGCACAGCAUGGCCAGGGAGAGGACGCUGUUGGCCUGUUCGAAGAAAUGCUUCGCACUGGCGUGGAACCGGAUCGCAUUACCUACGUCGGCGUGCUGUCAGCCUGCGCACACGCAGGUUUCGUCAGCCAAGGGAAGAGGCACUACGAGCAGAUGCAGAAUGAGCACCAGAUCGUGCCAGAGAUGAGCCAUUACGCUUGCAUGGUCGACCUCCUCGCCCGUGCCGGCCUCUUCUCUGAAGCCCAGGAGUUCAUCCGACAAAUGCCUGUUCAGCCGGACGCAAUAGCCUGGGGAUCGCUCCUUUCAGCCUGCAGAGUGCACAAGAACGCAGAGCUGGCGGAGCUCGCGGCGGUGAGGCUUCUGUCGAUUGAUCCCAACAACAGCGGCGCCUACUCCGCCAUUGCCAACGUCUACUCCGCCUGCGGGAGGUGGAGCGACGCGGCGAGGGUCUGGAAGCUGAGGAAGGACAGGGCGGUGAGGAAGGAGACGGGGUUCAGCUGGACGCACGUCGGCGGCAAGCUCCACGUCUUCGGCGCCGACGACGUGCUGCACCCGCAGCGGGACGCCGUCUAUGGGAUGGCCGCGAGGGUGUGGGGGCAGAUCAAGGAGGCCGGGUUCGUGCCCGACCUGCAGUGCGUGCUGCACGACGUCGACGACGAGCUGAAGGAGGAGUUGCUGAGCCGCCACAGCGAGAAGCUCGCCAUCGCGUUCGGCCUCAUCAGCACGCCGGAGAAGACGACGCUGCGGAUCAUGAAGAACCUGCGCGUGUGCAACGACUGCCACACCGCGAUCAAGUUCGUCUCCAGGGUCACGGACAGGGAGAUCAUCGUGCGGGACGCGACGAGGUUUCAUCAUUUCAGGGAUGGGCUCUGCUCGUGUAAAGAUUAUUGGUAGUAAACAUUCGUCGCCAUUUGGCAAGAAACUAGAGUGCAUGUUUGUUGUUUCAUUCAGAUGUGCACCGUUGUUAGUGUGCAAGAACAUCGAAUUCCUCAUAAUCAUGAUUAAUACACGGUAAUCCACAGUCACACCAGAAGAUACUGGAGUUUUGGAUUAGACGAAUUGUAAACAGCGCGGUAUAAUUUGGAUUUUUAU